CUGACAUCGCCCACUUGAGGGGAAGGAGGAAACUCCCGACGGGCGAAUUGCACCAUAUCAACCUCAUGUCGACAGCAACACAUAAUUUCAUGGAGGACGUAUGUCAGUAAUAAUAAACAAAGAGUGAUUGUCAGCAAGAGGUGGAAAUAAUCACAGGAUGGAUGAACGCAGUCUUCCUUCCACCCUAGAGGUAGACAUGACCUGUCUAAAGUCGCUUGUGCAGGAUGGGACACUGGCUGACAUAAAGGACUUCCUCAAGGACCACACUGUAGAAGCUGCUGACAUCUUGAACAAAGCACCUUGGAAGGAUGGGAACCCAUUAGUGUGGGCAUGCCAGAGGAACGUGGAGGACAUUGUGACCCUACUGCUGGAACACGGGGCAGAUCCCAACUAUGCACAUCCAGAGUUGCGCAUCAUGCCAUUACACUAUGCUUCAGAUCAGAAAACAAACAAUCUAGGGAUUGUCAAGAAACUGCUUGAUUCGGGUGCCAGAGUCAAUGAUGUGUCCUAUGGCGAACAACGAACAGCUUUACAUUAUGGUUGUAAACAUAAUAACAAGGAUGUUGUAGGUCUGCUCCUUGCUCAAGGUGCAGUUGUAGAUCUGAUGGAUGCUUUUAUGUGUUCACCAUUGUGUAUUGUGAAGAGUUUGCCUAUAGCCAAGAUGCUGAUAGAUGCUGGGAGUGAUGUCAACUGGCGCAACGGAUACCCUUUUCAUGAACAUGCUUGUCGCGGAAAUGUUGAAAUGGUGGAGUUUCUCAUGGAACAUGGUGCUUCUUUCAACAAGAACUUCAUCACACUGACUUAUGUAUGUGGGAGAGGGUCUGGGCAUGGUAGGCUUCUGGAGCUGAUGAUUUCUGAAGGAGGGUCGCCCAAUGAAGCCUUGAAGUCGAUUGUAAUGGAAAAUGAUGCCAAGAAUGUUCCUGAAGCUAUGGAAUAUCUUAUCCGUGCAGGAGCAUCUGUGAACCAUGAGCUGUUUGGGAACUUUGGUUGGAGGCCUUUACAUAUGGCUUGUCGUCUCUACAGACUGGACAAGGCCAAGCUGCUGUUGGACUGGGGUGCAAAGACAAAUGAAACUGAAGAGCAAGAUACAGAGGGACUUGAAACUGAAGGUGAAAGAAUUGGAGGACAUGAAUCUCAAGGACAAGAAAUGCAAGGACCCAAAACUCAAGCACUGACAUUCCCACCUUUAUUUCAGUUCUUCAAAGGUGAUGGUGUGACACGUAGAAAAAGGUCCCGACGAAUACCAGAAGAUGUUGUCAUCAGUAUAACAGAACUGCUACGUGCUGCAGGGGCUCCUAUCAAGGAGGCUAAUAUGGAGGCGCUCCAUAAGUACCUCGAGUGCCUGCAAGAAAAUGUUCAACAGAGAAUGAAAUCAUUACUGGACUGGUACCUCCAUCAGCCAAGGACUCUGAGAGAAAUCUGCCGUAUUGCUAUACGAGCAGCUGUUCCACCUAAGAAAGACAGAAGCAUUGAUCAGUUAGCUAUUCCAUCUUCGUAUAAAGGUUACCUGAAAUUUAACGACAUCGAUUAUUGUUAUGAUUUUUGAUAUUUAAAUAUACUCAGCAAUAUCCCAUCUGUGUGAAAACAGUCUGCAAGUAAUCUAGCCAGGACCAGAAAAUCCAGUGAUUAUGAACACUGAUCCAGGCAAUCAGGAUACAAUGACCAAGGCAACGAUCCUGACCACUGGUUCCAGUUAUUUGUUCUUGCCACAACCAGGAGUGCCUGAAGAUGAAUUAUAAUUUGGAUCUAUAGAUAUUUGCAUGUUUAUUGUUUUGUUUGUUAGUAAGUUUAUGAAUGGGUAUUUCACAAAAUUUCCUUAACGUUGUAUGCUUUCACUAUGCUAUUGUGCAUAUGUGAUACUUGUACAAUCAGGGAUUUGAUUCAAUAAAGUUGCAGGGUUUUAUGUGUUGCAAAACACAACAGUACACACAUAUGUAUGUAAUGGAAAAAAAACAACAUUUGCUGCAUUCCGAAGAAUACACAAUAUAACUCCUAGCACUAAACUCUUGAUAAAGUAUAGUUCUUGGAAAUAGGUGCUCAAAAGCAAAAGUUUUUGUGACAUGUAACGCCAGUGGUAAUCUUGUGAAUGAAUUUUGGGAUUUGAACCAAAUUAUUGUAACCAACUGGGCCAAGAUUGUAACCAACCUAUUGUGAGAUUUUCAUGAAACUGGCAAGAAAAUGGCAUAUUUGAGAAAAAUGGCCACCAGUGUUCACUUUAAAGCGCCACAGAACCAGAUGGUCAUCAUUUCUACUCAAUGGUCAGCAGAAGUCAGAAAAACACAUAAGCCAGGUUUGAUUCCCCACAUGGGUACGAUGUGUGAAACCCGUGUCUGAUGUCGUCAGGGUGUGACUGCUGGAAUAUCCUUUCAGUGGUGUAAAACCCAAAUCACUCACUCACUCGUACCCAUAAAAGUUCUUAACCUUCCUAUGUUCAGAGUUUUGAAAUCUUUGACAAGAAUCUUCCCUGUUCGCUGCUCACACACAAGUACCUUCCAAUACACAUAAUGGUGUGGCAGGAACACAAAUACAUGUACUCCACCAUGCACAUGAAAUUUGAAACUGUACUUUGGAAGCUGGCAAUUUGGUCUUUCUGCACCUUCAGUAAAUGGUCCACAUUGUGAUGCAGUUUGGAUAUAGACGCACUGACCUUUCAUCUUGCAUGUCUGACUUAUAAAUUAUUGAAAAUCUUUCCUAUUGAAUUGUAUUUUCGAGAUAUUUGAGGAAUAACCUCUUUUGGGUCAUUCUACAUCAGGAUGUGUUACUUUGGAAAAGUAGGACCUCGUAUCAGGUCUUUAAUUUUUUCCACCAGAAUGGGCUUUUCAGAAGUACAACCUUGUACCUGCCCGAGGUCUUACUUGUAUAAUCGACUGUAUGAAGUUUCACGCUUUCAACAACUUCCCAGUUACAGUGAGAGGAAAGUUUGCACCAACAAUUUGUGAUUGCUGUGAAGCCAUCCAGGUACGACUGGUACUGACAAUGGUGUUAAUGCAGCUGCACAUUGCACACCAUCUUUACUGCAUGUAACAUUGUCCAAACCAGUGCAAACAGGCAUUCUUGUCGUAUGGUUUUUGGAAGAUUUCUACCAUUACAUUCAGAUACGUUGCUACUGUCUCUUUAGAAACGUGAGGUUGUUUAUCAAUAAAUCAUAUCAUGCC